GAGGGCUCCCGGCUCUCCUGUCUCUUCCUCUCACUUUGGCCUCAGCACACGUGGGUGUAUUUUGCAUGUGAUACUGUACAUGCCCCUCUCUCUCUGUCUCUGUCUCUGUCUGUCACGCACUAGAACCGCAUCUGCUUACUGGGGAUCCCUCCUUGGUCCGUGCGUUUUGUGGCUGAUUUUGUGGAAGAGAAAUGUAAAGUACAAAACAUUGUAUGCAUGAAGAGCCUUGAGCUGGACAGAAGGGUAUUCUGUGAAGACUGAAAUAAUAGAAGCCAUACAGGAAAGCCAAGUUUAUAACCUUUUAUGCAUCACCGGGAGAAAAGUUCUCCGCUACCGGCAUCAAGAUGAACUGUCAGUGGAGGAUACGGAAUCUCCACCAGAUACAAUUAAGUUUGAUUUCUGCCCGUUGCCUGUCCUGGGAGAAGAGGAACAUGGAGCGCUAGAAGGAGCUUCUGUAGAAAGGUGCAACCAACUGAAGGGUUUGCAUCCAAAUGAAGGGACGGAAGCUGAGUUUCAGUUUUAAUUGCUGGUUACCAUUGAUUUAUAGGACCAGAUAACAUUUACCCAGACCCCCCCACCCAGGAUAACCUCAUGCUCCCUUAGCAAGGCUGGUAUCGUAAAUUUUGUCUGUACUGGGGAUCUCCUCUACAUUGGCUGUACUAUGAUGGAGACUCAGCCCACAUCACUUCCACAUGUGCUGCCCCAAGAUGUAUAUGAAUUCUGUGAUGACCGAAAGUCCUUGGGGAGAUUAAGAGUCUCUGAGAUGCCAGCAGAGUCGAAUGGUGAUGGUGGUGGCAGCAAAGGUGACGGCGCAGCUGUCGUUGCCAAAGAAGUUCCAGAGCAAUCCAAUAAAAAAAGGAAGCGUUGUGGGGUCUGUGUGCCAUGCCUGAGAAAGGAACCAUGUGGAGCCUGUUACAACUGUGUGAACCGGAGUACCAGCCACCAGAUAUGUAAGAUGCGGAAAUGCGAGCAGCUCAAAAAGAAAAGAGUGGUCCCCCUGAAAGGAGUGGAGGCUGUAAAUAAGGACGACUCCAAGAAUCAGGCAAAAGAACAAGUGCCCAAUGUGAAGAACUGUUCUGAAAGCAUUUUAGUUGAUGGACCCAAAACAGACCAAAUGGAAGCAGGGCCAGUUAACCAUGUUCAAGAAGGAAGGUUGAAGAAGGAAUGUGACUCUACCCUUCCAAGCAAGGCAUGUGAGGAUCUAGCAAAUCAAUUAUUAAUGGAAGCAAAUUCUUGGCUAAGCAAUACAGCUGCUCCUCAGGAUCCCUGCAACAAGCUCAACUGGGAUAAACCCACCAUUCCCAACCAUACUGCUGCUACUAAUAAUUCAAACCUAGAAGAUGCCAAAAACCUAGUUGCAUUCUCUGCUGUGGCUGAGGCUAUGUCUAACUAUGGCAUGCCUGCAUCAGGGACCCCCUCUUCGGUAUCAAUGCAGCUAUAUGAAAAGUUUAAUUAUGAGACAAACCGAGACAGCUCUGGGCACCCAGAAGGCAAUGCUCCAUCAUGUCCUGAAGACCUAAACACUCUUAAAACAGCACUUGCACUUGCAAAGCAUGGCGUGAAACCACCUAACUGUAACUGUGAUGGCCCUGAGUGUCCUGACUAUCUUGAAUGGUUGGAAAAUAAAAUAAAAUCUUCACAGAAAGAUUCUCAGGAGAGCUCAUUCCCCGGUCUGGGUCAGGUCAGUAAAGAGCUGGUGCAGAAAUCCUACCCUAAAGAAGAGGUGCUAAAUCUAGAAAAUAAAAAUUUGUGUCCUUCAGGCAACCUUCCAUUUUCUCAGAAUGCACUGAGUCUUGCUAAAGAAAAGAAUAUAAGCCUGCAAACUGCCAUUGCCAUUGAAGCUCUUACACAACUAUCAUCUGCACUUCCACAGACAAACAAUGAAUGCCCCAAUUCUUCUUCCCAACCCUUAAUAAACACUUGUGAUCAGUUAACUCAUUUCCCCACUGCUAAAGGCAACCAGUUACCAAUAUUUCCAAUGGCCUGCAAUGAACUGUUCCAGAAUCAGCAGUCCCAAUUGUACACUGGCAAAAAUGCACUUCCUGUGCCCCAAUCUCCAAGGCAAACCUCUUGGGAACAGAACAAGAAACCUAGUUACCAAGAAGGACAAUACAUUCCUGAGAACUUAUCUCAAAGUUCUUCUGUGUUGCCCAGUGAUGCUUCUACCCCACAAAAAACAGAAUUCCUUCAGCAGUGGAUCCAAAAUGCAGAUCUUUUAAAGUCUCCAUCUGAUCCUAUGACUGGGUUGAAGCAAUUGCUUGGGAACACAGAUGAAUACAUCAAGUCUGUGUUUAAAGGGCCAGAGGCUUUGCCCAACAAAAUAAAACAUGUGAAGACAAAACGUACCAUUAAAUCUAUAAAAAAAAAAUCGUCUGACUUUCUCAAAAUGUCACCAGAUCAACAGCUGUCUCAGCUUCUUCAAGAAAAUGACUUUCACCAUAAUGCCCAGGCUGCACUUCAGCAGCAUCUCCAUCAUAAACGUAAUCUUUUUGUGGACCCCAACACUAUGGAAGCAUGUGCCCAAGAACAGCAAAACUGGUGGGUGCCAAAAUCUCAAAAACUUCCAGUUUCCAAGACAACAGAGAAUCCUGUAAAGGAGAGGAAGAAAAGGCGACAAAGAUCUCCUUCACAAAAGCAAGUGGAACCAAAGCCGAAACCACCACGUAAGCAAGUGCAAAUAAAAAAACCCAGGAUGAAGGAAGGAAAUGCCGUCUUCAUGCCUGUGAGUCAAAUAAGCCUGGAUGCUUUUCGUGGAGCAGAAAAAGAAGAGAACCAGCUGAAAGAAAUGAAUCUUGAAAAGUCUCUUUCUAAUAACAUACAACCAGACCUACUUGAGUCCCAGUCUAUAUUGGUGACUGGAUCACAGGCAAAUAUUGAAAAUCGAAAGACUGUAAACACUCAGGAAACAUGCAAUGAAAAUCAGGCUAGCAAUGGAAAAGCCAGUAACUUUGCACUUUGUGUUAAUCAGGCCAAUUCUCUUGGUGCAAAAGAUUCAUGCCCAACACCUUCCACAGAUGAUGCCAGCUCCAGCUCUGGACAAGGUGAUUCCGCCAACCAGCACACAAAUGUGGGUGAUGUUCCUGGGCAAAAUGACCUCAGCUGCCUUGAUGACAAGUUUGAAGAUCUAUUAAGGCAGUUUGAAGCUGAGUUUGGGGAGGAUUUCUCUCUCCCAGGUUCUGAGGCCCCAUCUCAGAAUGGUGUAGGACCACCAAAACAACAAAUAUCAGGAGAUCCACAGUUUAAAAUGCCCUUUCCUUCCCAGUUGUUACCAUCUGAGAAUUCCACAAGGCCUGAUGCCCAUUCGAAUCCCGCACUUUCAAAUAAUCCUAUAUCACACAAUGUGUCUCAUAACUUAGAUAGUCUGUUCUCAUCAAAGUCUCCUAAGAAGAUAAAAAUCGAAUCUUCUGGUGCUAUAACAGUGGUAUCUACCACAUGUUUCUACUCAGAGGAAAACCAACAUCUUGAUGGAACUCCUACAAAAAGUGAUCUGCCUUUCAAUCCUACUCUAAGUGGGUUUUUGGAAUCUCCACUCAAAUAUCUGACUUCUCCAACCAAGAGCUUAAUAGAUACACCAGCUAAAAUGGCUCAGGCAGAAUUUCCAACAUGCGACUGUGUUGAACAAAUUAAUGAAAAGGAUGAAGGCCCCUACUAUACACAUCUGGGUUCUGGACCAACAGUGGCUUCUAUCAGAGAGCUAAUGGAAGACCGGUUUGGAGAGAAAGGGGAGGCAAUCCGCAUUGAAAAAGUGAUUUAUACAGGAAAGGAAGGAAAAAGCUCAAGGGGCUGUCCUAUUGCAAAAUGGGUUAUACGUCGGCAGAGUGAGGAUGAGAAGUUAAUGUGCCUGGUCCGGCAACGGGCAGGCCACCACUGUGAAAAUGCAGUCAUCAUUAUCUUAAUUAUGGCAUGGGAAGGAAUUCCUCGCGCUCUAGGAGAUUCUCUGUACAGUGACAUCACCGAGACGAUCACCAAAUAUGGAAAUCCAACAUCACGGAGAUGUGGCCUGAAUGAUGACCGAACCUGUGCAUGCCAAGGCAAGGACCCAAAUACCUGUGGUGCCUCUUUCUCCUUUGGGUGCUCAUGGAGCAUGUACUUCAAUGGUUGCAAAUAUGCUCGAAGUAAGACCCCCAGGAAGUUCCGACUCAUAGGAGACAAUCCCAAGGAGGAAGAAUUCCUGAAUGACAACUUUCAGGAUCUAGCUACGAAGGUUGCGCCAGUAUACCAGAUGCUUGCUCCUCAGUCUUAUGAAAAUCAGGUUAACAAUGAGGAAGUUGCAAUAGACUGUCGGCUAGGUCUCAAGGAGGGACGACCUUUCUCUGGGGUGACUGCAUGCAUGGAUUUCUGUGCCCAUGCACACAAAGACCAGCACAAUCUAUACAAUGGCUGCACUGUGGUUUGCACUCUAACAAAGGAGGAUAACCGUACAAUUGGCAGGAUUCCUGAGGAUGAGCAGCUCCAUGUACUUCCACUUUACAAAGUUUCCUCAACUGAUGAAUUUGGGAGUGAGGAUGGUCAAGCUGAAAAGAUAAGGAAAGGAGGAAUCCAAGUGUUGGCCUCAUUUCCCCGGGAGGUGCGCAAGCUUUCAGAACCAGCCAAGUCUUGCAGGCAGCGACAGCUAGAUGCCAAGAAGGCUGCAGCCGAAAAGAAGAAACUUCAGAAGGAGAAACUGGUCUCUCCAGAUAAGACCAAGCAGGAGCCAGCAGACACAAAGAUGUGCCAGCAAAACCCAGGUGUUCCUCAGCAACAGACAAAGCCUUGUGUAAAAGUGGAGCCAUCUAAUCACUACAAUACCUAUAAGUACAAUGGAAAUGGAGUUGUGGAGAGCUACUCUGUGUUGGGCAGCUGCAGGCCUUCUGACCCGUACAGCAUGAACAGUGUUUACUCCUAUCAUUCUUUCUAUGCACAACCUAACCUGCCUUCCGUGAAUGGCUUUCAUUCAAAAUUUGCUCUUCCUCCCUUUGGAUUUUAUGGCUUUCCUAACAAUCCUGUGGUUCCCAACCAGUUCAUGAAUUAUGGUACAAGUGAUGCAAGAAACAGUGGAUGGAUGAAUAAUUCUUUUGAGAAAAAGCCAGAUGUUCAGUCAUUGGCAGAUGGAAUGAAUCAAAGUUAUGGGAGUGAGUUACCGGAGCAGAGUUACAGAAGAUCAAGUGAGGUGCCACACCACUAUAGCCUCCAGAAUCCCAACAGUCAAAAGUCAUUUAAUAUUUCUCACCGGACUACUCCUUCACCUAUGGAAACCACUCCAUAUUCUAAUCUUCCCUGUUAUAAUAAAGUAAUUAAAAAGGAGCCAGUUUGUGAUCCUCUUGUAGAUCCUUUCCAGAGAGCAAAUAGUGUACAUUCGCAGAGCCCAGGAGUAAAUCACUCAUUACAGACCAGUGAUCUGCCGUUCAAAGCUAACGGUGCUCUACCAUCAUCAGGAAGAUCUAAUGCAGAAGGUCCUUGCAGUAUGUCUUUGCCCAAUGAUAAAAGUGGUCUAGAAAAGAGAGAUUAUUUUGGAGUUCACUCAAAUGUCCCUGCUCUGAAGGACAAACAGUGGACUCCCUAUGGAACUGACGUUCCAGUGGGACAACGUGAUUCACUUGACGCACAGUCUCCAGGAAAAGUAUGGAGCUCAUGCAAGCUAAGUGACAGUCCUGCUGUCUUGCCCUCCUUUGCAAGUACACAGACUAAGAACUGGAAUGGUAGACAGGCCAGUCUUAAUCAGGGACUGAAGGAGCCUAUGCCGUUCCAAGAAAAGCUCUGGAAUUCAGUUGCUGCCAGUGACAGGUGCAGCGUCACGCCCAGCGACAGAAGUAGCGUCACCCCCUGUGCUGAGCUUCAGGACAAGAACUGGGCAUCCUUUCCUAAUCCAGUAGGAAACUCUUUGAAGACUGAAUCCAGCCAGAACCACUGGGAUCCAUAUAGUCUAGAUGAUAAUAUGGAUGAUGGCCAAUCAAAGAGUGUAAAAGAGGAGGAGGAUGAAGAGGAGAUCUGGUCUGAUAGUGAGCACAACUUUCUGGAUAAGAAUAUUGGUGGUGUGGCUGUAGCCCCAGGACAUGGCUCCAUCUUAAUUGAAUGUGCAAGGAGAGAGCUUCAUGCUACCACUCCACUGAAAAAACCAAACAGGUGUCAUCCAGCACGAAUCUCUCUUGUAUUCUACCAACACAAGAACUUAAACCAACCCAACCAUGGAUUGGCACUUUGGGAGGCCAAAAUGAAGCUGUUGGCAGAAAGGGCACGAGUAAAGGAGGAAGAGGCUGCCAGGCUAGGUAUCAAACAGGAAGUAAAAAGUUUGGGUAAAAAGAGGAAGUGGGGUGGUGCUGCCACUACAGAAACCCCACCAGUUGAGAAGAAAGACUUCAUCCCAACCCGACAGGCAACUACUAUUUUAACAGAUUCUGCUACCACUGCAUUCUCCUAUGCCUAUACCAAGGUUACAGGACCAUACAGUCGCUUUAUAUGAGAUUAAAUCAGCUACUCUUGUGGCAAUUGUACCUCAGCUAAUCCACGGCACUGUAAUACAUGGUGCUACUUUAUGGUGCUUUUCACUUGUGUGCCGUCUGGAAAUUCCGACCAUGUGCACACCUCCCAGGACUCUCAGCAAGAGAACUUUUACUGUAUAAUUUGUUUAAUCAUUAAUCUUAAAAAGAUUUAUAUUUCUCAAUUUUUUUUUAAAAAAACAUAAUGUUGUAUAUCAGAUGACAGGAAGAAAACCGAGAAAAAAAAAAUCACAGCAUCUUUUUAUGACACAAGCUCCCCACACUCUCAAAGAUUUUUAACUGCAUUUGAACAUUUAUUUAUUCAAUGUUUCAAAAUAAUGAUGGUGCAGAAUUUCUAGCUUGAGGAAUGUCUCAUUUUAAGCUAAACAAGAAUCAUGAUCGAUGGCCAAAAAGAAACCUCAAACGUAAUUCUGGAAACUUUGCUAAAAUGUCAAUUGUAUAGUAUUUUUGGCAGCAGGCUAGAUACAGUAUCCCUUUUGAAAUUCUAAUGUACUUUCCAGUUCUCACUAUUUAUUACUGCAAAAGUCUGCUUUGACCACUUUUUAAAUGUAUUUUCUAAAUAAUCUGCAGUCUACAACCGCAAAAAUACAAGGAUUUCUGGAAA